AUCAACAUAUUGAUUCAACCUAAUUAUAAUUUCAACAAGUUGCUUGUAAAUAAUGUACAAAACCCAAUUUCUUUAAUAAAAUGUUCUCCUUGGUAUACAAAUAUAUUCGUCACCUUAAUUGUAGACAACUAGCUGGAUUUCUAACUAUAUUUUCCUUACCAUUAUUUUGAAAAAUAAAUCCCCUCUCAAACAAAAAUCGUUUUCACGUCGCAUUCCCCACUUAGUAUUAUAAUUUCUCAAUUACAUUGAUAUAAUAAUACACAUUUACUAUAAACCAAAGUCCUCACUAUUCAAAUCAACCUCAGCUAGCUAGCUAGCCUAGCGAAACUCGGCUCCACACUUGCGAAAAAAAUUAGAUUAGAAGAAUCAACAACAUCUCCGAUCCGAUCCCAUGCCAACCGGCGGCCAGCGGCUGUUCGGCCUCCCCGCCCUCACAAUCGCCGUCGUCGUGGUCAUAACAGCCACCGCCGGCCUCCUAGUCUACCGCCUCUGGGUCUACCUCUGGUGUAGUUACAACUCCACCACCACGCGGGAAGACGACGCCGACCGAGCGCCGGCCCCAAUUCCGCCGGUACUCCCGCUCCGCACGGUCAUGAACUUCAACGACGCCAGCAGCAACAGCCUGGAGCAGCAGUACACGUCGGUGGACCACCUCAUCCCCACGUGCCAGUACAGCGACGACGUCGGCACCGUCGCCAAGACGGAGGAUUAUGGCACGUGCGCGGUGUGUUUGGCGCAGUUCGCGGUGGGCGAGGCCGUCCGGGUGCUGCCGGAGUGUUUACACAUUUACCACGCCGGCUGCAUCGACGCGUGGCUAUUCCAGCACUCCGACUGCCCCGUUUGCCGGACCGACACCGGCGUGCGCGGUGUCGGUUGAUUGAUUGAUCAAAGUCCGAUGUCAGCUGUCUGUCACAUUCCGGCCUGCAAUUGGCGGUAGAGAUGAUCAAAUGUUUCAUAUUUACGUUUAGCGACACGCCGGCCGGUUGCUGCUCUUUCAUUUUCCUUGUAUGUUGAAUACUGUUAAUUAAUUACCCUGCCUGAC